UUGUCGAUAAGAAAUUCUGCCCGCGGGACUCGAGUUGCGGUGGAUAUCAGGCAUGCGUCUCCAAAUUACCAGGUAGCAACUGGAACAAGUGACAAGAGUUCCCCAACGUGACUGGCCGCUUGGGAAGAAUAUCGGCACUUUUCAACAGCUGUCGCUGCGUAUUAUUUCCAACCUCAAGUCCAACCCUGCUGCCCGAAGCUCAUCAGACUCGGACAUCGCGGGGAGGCGCAGGAGAGAACAAAGGCAACCAGCCAUGGAAGAGUCGGUAGACUACAAUGAACUUAUCGCCCAGAUUUCUGUAAACCUCAACAAUGCACUCAACACGUUCGGUGCCUCAUCCCCCCAGUUCCAGAAUGUCCUCAACAUCCUCAGAGACUGCCUGCGGGAAAUGGAGGAGAAAGCGCGGCAAUCGACCUCGCUGGAUCCUGAGAUGUUGAACCUCGCGAUGGGCUUCUUAUCGCUGGGAGAGUGAUUGACUGUGGCCGCGUGGCAGAUUGUUCUGUUUAUUUUACUUUCUCGGGGAAAUUAGCGCCAGCGUCUUCAUGAUUUGACAUGGUUCGAGUAACAGCG